AACUUGCUAAUCAUUGUAAACUAAGCCAUUUUCUGUCAAUAUUUUAUCUGAUUGGUACUUCCAUGCCAUUAUCUCAACAACAACAAAAAAAAACUUAAGAGAAAAAUUGGGGAAAAACUUUCACUUCACACUGACCUGUGGAGAAGUGAGAAGCUCAAGAAACACUAAUCUGAACAAAACAAUGGAAUUACAACACAGCCUAAGGCUGCAGCUUUUGGCCCCACCUUUACAAGAGAAAUGCUUGAGAAGCUCUCCUUCAGUGUUUGGAAUUGUCCCACAAUGGAGAAACAAACUGAGAAGUUCUGCUCUCUCUUCCUUGAAAUUGAAUAAUUUUGGUCCAUCAGUGCCAAAAUUUUGGAGGUCCCAAUUAAUGGUUCAUGGUCUCAGACAAAAGGGAUCAAAAGCUUCAAAGCUAGAAGAGUUGCUCAAAUUUGGCAAUGGAGAGGAAGAUGAUGGAGAUGAAUCUGAAUCUGAUUCUGAUGGAGGUCCUAAGAGGGACGAUUACUUUCAUAUGGAUGAGGAUGAAAGACGGGAAUGGAGGAGGAAGAUAAGAGAUGUCAUUAAAAUGUCUCCUGAUGUUGAGGAAGAGGUAGAUCCUGUUGAGAGAAGACAAAAGAUGCAAAAGCUUUUGGCUGAUUACCCUCUUGUUGUUGAUGAGGAAGACCCUGAUUGGCCAGAAGAUGCUGAUGGGCGAGGUUUUAACUUGGAUCAAUUCUUCAAUAAGAUCAGUAUCAAGAAUGUUAAGAAAGAUGAUGAUGAAAAUGAUGACGACAAUGAAUUAGUAUGGCAAGAUGAUGAUUAUAUUCGUCCAGUUAAGGACUUAACCACUGCAGAGUGGGAGGAGACUGUCUAUAAGGACAUCAGUCCUCUUAUUGUUCUUGUUCAUAAUCGCUACAAAAGGCCUAAGGAAAAUGAAAUGGUACGGGAUGAAUUGGAGAAGGCUAUCCACAUCAUCUGGAAUUGCAGGCUACCAUCGCCAAGGUGUGUAGCAAUUGAUGCUGUUGUUGAAGUUGACUUGGUGUCUGCUUUGAAAGUCUCUGUUUUUCCCGAGCUCAUCUUCACUAAAGCAGGGAAAAUCUUGUACCGUGAGAAAGUGAGCCGAACAGCAGAUGAGCUGUCCAAAAUGAUGGCGUUCUUCUACUAUGGAGCUGCCAAGCCACCUUGUCUCAGUGGCAUCGAGAAUUCUCAAGAACUAAUACCUACAGUCUGAGCAAGAAAUUAUCAUGGUGCAACAACGAGCGUUGGCUGUACAAUUGGUCACUAAGAUGGCACCAGUGCUCUUGAUGGUGUUUUACCAGGUGAGAAGAUGGGGUUCAUUUUGCUCUCUUCAACAUUUCAAUAGGUGCAUUGCUCGUUCCUUCGGUCCUUAUGCUAGCACAGCACCCUUAUUCAGUAUCUAUACAGCAAACACUUGUAAUUGCAAGCAGCUUCAAGGUUGAAAAUAGUAGCUACUGAAAUGUCAUGCUAGUCUAUUGUUUGUUUACGUAUAAUAGCUACAUGGCAUCCCAUUUGUGUAAAUUCCCCCAACUUUUCGAGUACAUAACUAGGCUAGGAAGUAAGGGGUUGUUUGGUUGCAGCUCGUUAGAGUAAUGUAUGGAUUAGUUGUGCUGAAUUUAAUUA